UCUCAUCUUAGUCCUCGUCUCUGGUUUCAGAUCAGGUGCAGGCUGCUCAGACUCACUUUACAAGAACAGAACCAGUUGACACAGUCAUUAGAACAGUUCAGUGACAAGGUACAUUGAUCUUUCUUUUUACAACUUCUUAUUUUCACUAUUACAAAAUAUUAAUCAGGAUGAUAUGGUAUUGUAUUCUUACUCUAUUUCUCACAGUCACAGCCACAGUCAAACAGUGAAUACCAGACCAGCCAGAGGCUAAAUCUGAUCCCAGUUUCGGAAAACAGAAAGUAGAGGUCAUUAAGGUGUGUAUGAGCAAGUUUAAGCCUGUGUGCAUUGGUGUGUGUGUGCGUGAUAACAGAGCUGCCCUUGACUAACAUAAUACCCCUGCUGUGUUGUACAGGUGUACCUCGAGUCCCACAAACAGAGAAGGAGAACACCAGCAGUGUCAAGAUGCUGACAGACGAGGUGUCUCAGAUACAGGAGGUCAGUGAGUGUGGCCAUCUUGAUUUAGUUCUCUGCACCAGCAAUAGGGGAGAAUGACUCAACAUUACCCAGUGGGUGGUGUUCUGUUGAAGGACAGGGAAAUUAAUGGGUGGGUUGGGUGUACAGAGGAAGGGUGUGUGUUAUUGAUGUGAAGUCCUUCUAGUGUGUGUGUAUGCUGGUGUAGCGGGGGGAAAAAACAGUGAGUUAUGUGUUGUCUCUCUCUUUAGGUUCGGUACUGUCUGAAGACCUUGAGGGAACAGAUGGCCACCAGACAGAAUAAUAACAAUGUACAGUGCCUUCAUAAGGUAUUCAUACCCCUUGAUUAUUCCACAUUCAGUUGUGUUACAGCCUGAAUUCCAAAUGAAUUAAAUAUAUAUUUUUUUGUCACCCAUCUACACAUAAGACCUCAUAAUGGCAAAGUGAAAACGUGUUUUUAUAAAAUGUUUGCAAAUUUAUUGAAAAUGAGAUACAGAAUUCUCUGUUAUGAACCCUGUGGCUUUAAAAGUCUAGGGUGGAUGGAAGAGACCCGUAACAUAACUCAUGCGAAUUAGAAUAUUGCCAAGGAACAGUGAGAACAAAAAAAUACACCGACAACCAAAAAACUACUGUCAAACACAAACGUUUAUUAUAAACACACAGUAAAGGUUUGGGGAAAAGGGACUGAGCAGGACCCAAGGAAUGAAACAAUGUCAAAAACCCCUAAACUGAUCUUGCCUGCCUCAAGAACCGCUAAGCUUACAACUAACGACACAAAAAUACAGUUGGUGGUCCGCGCAGGUCUAACUCUUGUUUUUAGACAACGUUUUCCUACGGGUAGUGUAUGUCCAAGGGUGACUUGCUAAAAAUUCCCUUUUCCCAGGAACAAACAAACAACAUAGUUACCAUAUGGAGUAAACAGCAAAUGCGUGCGUACUCAAAAAACAAGACACCACAGUAUCCAUACUCACAAACAAAAAGAGUCUCUGUGAGAACACACAGCUGACUGGCUUUUAAAGCAAGGGGAUGUGUGAUGUGAUUAGGUAUGAAAACCAGAAACAGGUGGUGCAAUCAGGAGAAGUGGUCACUGCUUGGUCCACCUCAGCAAUCAGCAGAUGAACUGAUGACUGACAGGUGAGACACACCAACGACCUCCAAUCAGGAACACAAAGGACACCUGUGAUUAAGGCAGAAGGAGUGGAAAAACACAAAAACACAUACAGGAUACCUGUAUCCGUAACAAUCUAAUUUACAUAAGUUUUCACACCCCUGAGUCAAUACAUGUUAGAAUCAUCUUUGGCAGCAAUUACAGCUGUGAGUCUUUCUGGGUAAGUAUCUAAGAGCCUUGCACACCUGGAUUGUACAAUAUUUGUAUAUUAUUCUUUUUAAAAUUCAUCAAGCUCUGUCAAGUUGGUUAUUGAUCAUUGCUAGGCAGCCAUUUUCAAGUCUUUCCAUAGAUUUUCAAGCCAAUUUAAUUCAAAACUGUAACCAGGACACUCAGGAACAUUCAAUGUUGUCUUGGUAAGCAACUCCAGUGUAUAUUUGGGUUUUAGGUUAUUGUCCUGCUGAAAGGUGAAUUCAUCUCCCAGUGUCUGGUGGAAAGCAGACUGAAGCAGGUUUUUCUCUAGGAUUAUGCCUGUGCUUAGCUCCAUUCCAUGUAUUUUUUUAUUCUGAAAAACUCCCCAGUUCUUAACGAUUACAAGCAUACCCAUAACAUGAUGCAGCCACCACUAUGCUUGAAAAUAUGGAGAGUGGUACUCAGUAAUAUGUUGUAUUGGAUUUGCCCCAAAUAUAACAUUUUGCCAAAUUUUUUGCAGGAGUACAUUAGUGCCUUGUUGCAAACAGGAUACAUGUUUUAGAAUAUUUGUAUUAUGUACAGGCUUCCUUCUUUUCACUCUGUCAAUUAGGUUAGUAUUGUGGAGUAACUACAAUGUUGUUGAUCCAUCCUCAGUUUUCUCCUAUCACAGCCAUUAAACUCUGUCAUUGUUUUAGUCACCAUUGGCCUCAUGGUGAAAUCCCUGAGCUGUUUCCUUCCUCUCCAGCCACUGAGUUAGGAAGGGCGCAUGUAUCUUUGUAGUGACUGGGUGUACUGAUACACCAUCCAAAGCGUAAUUAAUAACUUCACCAUGCUCAAAGGGAUAUUCAAUGUCCGCUUUUUAUUAUAUUUACCCAUCUACCAAUAGGUGCCGUUCUUUGCGAGGCAAACCUCCCUGGUCUUUGUGGUUGAAUCUGUGUUUGAAAUUCACCGCUCGACUUAGGGACCUAACAGAUAAUUGUAUGUGUGGGGUACAGAGAUGAGGUAGUUAUUCAAAAAUAAUGUUAAACACUAUUAUUACACACAGAGGGAGUCCAUGCAACUUAUUAUGUGACUUGUUAAGCACAUUUUUACUCCUGACCUUAUUUAGGCUUGCCAUAACAAGACAUUUCAUGUUUUAUUAAUUUGAAGAAAUUUCUAAAAACAUAAUUACACUUUGACAUUAUGGGGUAUUGUGUGUAGGCCAGUGACACAAAAUCUCAAUUGAAUCAAUUUUAAACUCCGGCUGUAACACAACAAUGUGGGGAAAAAAAUUAUAAUUUCGGAAGGCACUGUACCUAUUCAAUCUUUCUUAUACUUUCUAAUACUCAAAUAUAAACAAAUAGAUACAAAUACUGACGACGCUGGACUAACUCCACUAACCCCUGCUCUCUCCUUCAGUUUCCAGCUAAUGGUUACAGAGUCAGUGUCACCCAGCCUACCAACCCAGCAAUUGUCACCAAUGGUAAAAUUGUUGGGACUGAGUCAGAAACAAAUGUAAGACCUUAUUUGCAUAUCAACAUUAACUCAAACUUUUGUUCUCUAAAAUGUUUUUUUUUUGUUUGCAUCAGUUUCACAUUAGUGCUUUAUUGAAAGAAAGUAUUUAACUACUGUGGAGACGAUUUGAAUAGGGAUAUGAAUAUGAACUGAAAAUUACAUUUAUAUUCAAACUAAAAUACUUUAAAAAAACAUACAUUUUCACAAACCACAUCCCUCUGUUUUGUAAAAUGGCUGCUGGUCUCCAUUUUAAAAGUAUAGUGACAUAGAUCACACACAUACACACACACACACACUAACAACAUACCAAUUUCAGUGCAUCACAACAUAACAUCCUGUAAAAAGACACCAGACAGCCAUUACCUACAGUGGUGAGAGAACGUUCGUAAACCCUUUAGCAUUUUACUGUAUUUCUGCAUAGAUUUGACCUAAAAGUCAGAAUAAUAGAUAAAGUUAACCUGAUUAAACAAAUAACACAAACGAUUGUACUUUUUAAUUGAUCCAACAUUUAAUUUAUUUUAACUGAAAAACCAGUGUGUUUAGCUGCCAGACACCUGACAUUCACCUGACACAACAACAAAUUUAGGUGGCCUUUUACCUCAGGAAAAUACGGAAAUGGUAUGCAAAUAACAUGUCAGCAGCUAGCACUCACUCUGUGUUCGAGUUCAUUGAGCUUGCACUUAGCCUAAUCUAUGUCUCUCUCUCAAAGGUCAGGGAGAAUUCAGAGGACAGUGCAAAGUUAAGGGAGCUGAGCAAGCGCCUGUAUGCCCAGCUGAAGGAGUCAGAGAAGAGACACCAGGAGGAGAGAGACAGAAUGCAGGUCAGUGUUCAACAAACAAAUCAAGUAUGGAUAGAUUCUCUCUUUACUUUAAUGCAUCCCCUUUUCUUUCUUUCUGUUUCUUCUGCCGCUUCCUUUUUUUACUCUUAUCUACAGUCUCAUCUGUGUCCCUCUCUUUCCUUCAUCCCGCUCUCUCUAUCAUCCUCUCCAUCUAUCGUUCUGUUCUUCGUUCAACAGUUAUCCAGUGUCAUCUCAGGACAGAGUCAGUUUCAGUGUCAUCAUGAUGAAUAUGUGUUGCGUAAUAUUAGAUGACCUAGUACGAUUGAUAAGAAUGACCUAGAAUUAUUACUGUUGACCCCUAAAGACUGAAUGCUCAGUUAUCCAUCAUUGAUAUUAGUAUUUACACGUCAAUUGCUUUAAAGCCAUCCCAGUCCACAAUUGAAUAUCCACUGAUCAUGUAACACAUUUGAGCUAUUUUCUGACCAUUACUGUAACUAGAUGUAAUUGGGAACUUUACUUCUCUGGCUCCCCCUUCAGGCUGAAAGCGAUGAGUUCAGCCGGCGCCUGGACGAGCAGUCGAAGCACCUGCAGUGGGUGGAGGGGGAGGCGGGGGAGCGAAGUCAGAGGGUGGAGGAGUUGGAGAGGCUGCUGGGGGGCAUGGAGCUGGAGGGUGCUGUCCUGAGGGGCAAAAUGGCCGCCAGCGAGGCUGAACUGCUGCAGCUGAGAGCAGCCAAGGAGGGGGUGCAGGAGAAAAAGCAGAGGUGAGGAGGCUCUGUCGCCAUAAAGAGUACAAAUCAGUCAUACAACUGAAACGUAGAUUGUCUGCACAUAGUAUCUCAUAUACAACUCAUAUACUACUCUACAUGAGUUGUAUAUGAAAUACUAUAUAAACAUUACAGUCCUCAGGAGCAGACACUGCUACUGUAUAGCCUACACUGUUUAUGAAUUGCCAUAUUUAUACAAGAUACUAAAAAGGAUACUGUAUACUCUCUUUAAACUGGACCCAUAAAUAUGGCAAGUUCAUAUAUAGUGUAAAUAUUAUGUUAAUUAUGCUUAUGUAACCAGUGGGUUGUGGUGUGUGUCGUCAGAACUGAGGAGUUGGAGAAGGAGCUGGCUGUCCUGAAGGAGAAGAUCCAUCACCUGGACGACAUGCUGAAGAGCCAGCAGAGGAAGGUCCGCCACAUGAUCGAACAGGUGAGAACACACACACAUGGACGCAUGGACGCACGUACACACAUGCGGCAGAUACACACAGAUGGAUGUGCAUGGAGCGCACAUACACAAACCCUGCAUGCGUAGCAGCCAUCAAUGGGAAAAUUAUAUUGAAAAGGAGGGAGUAGAGGGUUCCUAAUUACUUUGGUUUGUAAAGGCAGUAGGGGAGUUACUGUAAACCAAGCUAAACUGUUUGCUGAAACAGAACACUCAUCAUGAAAAAGUGAUGAUGCAUCCUCUUCUGUGGAAGUUAGAGUGAAUGUUGGUUUUCCUCUGUAGUAUCUAAGUGUAUUUGUUUUGUGUGUGUUACAGCUGCAGAACUCACGGACAGUAAUCCAGGAGAGAGAGAGAGUGAUCAGGGAUCUAGAGGAGAAGGUGGCUUUUCUGGAAGCUGAGGUCAGUACUCAUACAGCUAUCUGUGUUGUGAUAUGUGUGUGUGUGUGUGUUUUUGAGGGAUAGGGGUCCCUGUGUUAGGUCCCUCUCUCUCUGAAUGACCUUUGACCCCUCUCCUCUCUAGAACACAGAGAUGCGUGACCAGAUAGAGUACUUCCUGGAGGGUCAGAAGCCUGCUUCUACGCCCACCAAAGAAUGCAAACCCAAUCCCCAGAUUAUCUACAGGUGA